UUUAUUAGAUCCUUAAGUCUUAUAAAGUGCUUUAAUGUGCUAACCCCAUCAUGCAGCCAGGAUACUGUUACUGCGCUCAGCUUCACACUGGAGAACUUGAUCUUGACCAACACGUUGGAUUCAUGGGAAAGAAAACGUACACAUAAAGCUUCAUUCUGAGCCCUAACCACCAAGAAGGUCUAACAUCCACCGCAACACUUGGAUAUCUGAAUCCACCUUCAACCUUCUGGGAACAUUUUUCUUUUUAUGUUUCCUUAUUAUUUAUUUAUUUUCCUCAUUUUGUCCCACUUGGGAUUAAAACUUCGCCCAGUCCGUGUGGUCGCCCCCACCUUCCCAGAGAGGGUGUAAAGUUGGCCCGGAGAUGCAGUCCUUUCUCCCGCUUGCUGUGUAUUGCGUCAGCCUGGUUUCCCUCCAGCAGCUGCUGGCUCUGCCGGCUGAGGAUCGUCCCGACACGAGCAGGUUGGAUUUCCUCAACAAGCUCAUGGACCAGAUUGAGGAUAAAAGCCAGGCUCACUUCGUCGUCCCGUCUUCAUCCCCGAGCCGAUCCCCAAAAUGGCUGCCCGGUUUCCUGAGACAUCAACCAGCUUCAGGAGUGAGAACCGCUUCGCCAAGCCUGGCAUGGGCUCGUCCCGCUGAGGCUUCACAGAUGGAGCGGAGGGUGCUGAGAGCUCGUCGCCAUGCUCACUCCGGACUGCGAAAUGGUCACCACUACCCCCAACACGCCCAGCUGAUGAGGGUGGGAUGCGUCCUGGGAACCUGCCAAGUGCAGAACCUCAGCCACCGGCUCUAUCAGCUCAUUGGUCAGAGUGGCAGAGAAGACUCAUCCCCCAUCAACCCCAGGAGCCCCCACAGUUACGGAUAAGUUAGAGAUCCCCCCAAACACCCACAGCAAGUCUAUCUAUAUCUCCAUUUAUUUAUCUCUUAAUGUAUUAUUGCUAGUCUUUGCAUUAGACUUUGAUGUAGUCCUUUUGUUUAUCUAUCUGAAUAUGACAAUUAUACUCCCCAUAAAUGACUGUUGUGCCUGAAGAUUCAAAUUCAAGAUCAUCACUGAUCACAAUGACUCAUUUUUGAAACCCCCAUUUUGAGUUCUCCCACCAUCCAGUUGCCUUUUGAAGGACGUUGGAGUCUCAAAGUCUUCUUGGUUCUCCAUCUUGAGCGCUCAGUUUGACGUCUUUAUUCUGAUAAUAUAAGAGCGAAGGCUUGUCCUCGACACCCUCCAAUUGGCCUGGUCCUGUCUGCCGACUGACCUCUCCAGCGGCGGUUCUCCUGCGGCUCAUUGGUCACACUUAAGCCCUUAAUGUGGAUUUCAAUCUGCACUCAGAGCCGUGUCAAAACCAAUGUAUUCCCAAAACCCCCGUAAAUGACCCAGUGAACCCUUUUACCUCUUGUUUCAUGCCCCCCCUUUUUGUCAACUUUUGGAGCAGCCAGGUUGUUUUACAACUGCGUCUACAAUAACAAUAUGAACACUGAGAAUAUUCCACAAGCUUGCCGUUGAACUGGGACUUUAUCACUCAGCAGGGGUUUGUGUUUCAGGACCGCAGUUUACAUCUGAAACCAGCCACAGCUUUGAGUUACUCGAGUUUAAGAGUCAGGACUUCACCACAUAAACUCCACACUGACAAUGAAAAUGAAAACGAAGAGGGUCAGCAUCCAGUGCCUUGAGAGGAAUCUACAAAGAAACUCAUUUCCCAAAAGGAUCAGUUUCAGUGUUGCAUUAUUGAAGCCUGUCGGCCGCACAGUAGGUGGCGGAGGGAGCCUUGGAGCCUCGGAUCAAGGCUCUGUCGCACCACUCCUGGCAGUUCUGGGCGGAGGCCCAGUCUGAAAUAUAAGCCUCUUCACGUGAUUCAUAAGUUCCCCUUGCAAGUCAGGACUUUUAAGUUGACAGCAGUUUAAUAAAACUGACCUAAUCACUUCAGGCAUAUGCCUGACAACAGCAGACAACAACAUUUCCUUCACCUCCAUAGUAUCGGGUGGAGGUAGAAAGUAAUGUAGCAGCAGCAUGAAGCUCCUUCCUCCAGGCAACACUUGUGAUGUGCAGCCUUGUUGUUCACAUGUUUAAAGGGUUAAACUGUCCUGAAGGACCGCUGAGCGCUCUACUGCUACAUUGUGGGUUUCUUAUGAGAGUCCACAGCGACAAAAAUGUUAGGUGUGCCCAAUUUCAAACACAGUAUGUUCACAAAAUAGCGACGCAGCAUCAAAAAUACAUUCCCUGACAUUUCCUCCUCUAUGUUUGUCCGUCUCUGAACUGGUGAGCUCCACUCAUCUGGCAUGCUAACGUCUGACAGGCCUUAAACUUACCAUACGUAUGUAACCCACAUUUGAAUUAUAUUACAUAUUAUUUACAUACUUCUAAACUUCUAUUCCAAGACUUUACUAUAUGGUAGCCUCAUCUUAACCUGCAGACAGCAGGAACACAGACGAUGUUGUGAUUUAGAUCAUCACAGAAGUAUUACAUCCUUUUGUUAUUUUGCGCAUAGUUUCACAAACAUGAAAGUUUAGUAUUCUUAAAAGCUUUAGUUUAAAUACCUGGCGAUACUUGACAAAUCAAAUGACUUACAUGUGAUCUACAUCUUAUAAUAAUGUAAUCUUUUAUAUCUUAAUCUGUGUCUUCUGAUUCUGACAUUUCGUCUCUCGGCCCACUCACUCUUUGGUCUUUUCUGUCUGUACUCACGGAGGUCACAGGGUGAUAAUAGUUCCUUGGUCUCUAAUCUAAUCUGUUCAAAGGCUUGCUGAAACAUUCCCUCUGCUGUAAUGGAGCUAAUCAAUGUCUCGUGACGGAUCAUUAAAAGGCUUUUCAAAUGCUGAAAAAUCCUGGUGGAUCUCUCAACUUUUUAAAGAAGUCUGACUUCAGACACACGUGAUGAGUGUAUGUGUGGAGCUGCUGUAUCAGGACUUAUCUCCUGUGUUUGUGCUCUGGACCAGUGUUUCUUUUUCUUUCCGUGCAGUAUAUUUUUGUGACGUCAGGAGUUGCGUCAUGUGGAGUUAUGUGAGCAAACUGUACACGACCGCGAAUACCUCCCCGUAGAAAACCCUAGAGCUACCAGGCUCUCUGGUGCAAAGAGGAACGAGUGCAGAGAGUAUAAUGUUGGUUUUGUAAGAUAGUGUAGAUCUCAGCAGCUCUGAUUUCCUCCUUUCGGGUCACAGGAAAGCACUUUAAUGCAAACACGUGUGUUGUGAACUCUCACUCGUUGUAAUGAAGUUGUGAAAGUUGCACAAAGUUCCUCUUGUAAAUGUUACAUUUGAGAUUGUCUAAGAAUGUGUUUGAAGACGCCAGUGCACUCCAUGUGGCGCCAGGAUGACAGUGAACGUUGUGUGCACCUGUGAAUAUAUAAAUAUAUAUAUCCAGACAAUCUAUUUAAAGAAAGUUAUAUAUUUAAGUUAUCUUUGUAUGUUAAUAUCUGUUUGUCACCAAAGACUAUUUAUCUCACUUCUCCUGCUGCUCCUUCAUGGCAGGAAAGUCUUAACUGUAGUGAACAUGUUACUGUGUGUUAAUGUCCGUCACUCUGUGAAAUAAAGAACUAUACUGUAA